CCGCCAAUGAAAACAGCAGAAGAUGCCGCAGGAGGAAAAGAAACAAACAUUCGCUCGGACGUACAUCAACACAUAGUUUGUUUUUAUGGAUAUUUGGGUCAUAUUGUUGCAGGCUACACAUUAUAAUUUUAUCUUAAACUGCAGAAGAGAAAGUAAAACAUAAACACCAACCUUAGGUCUUAGUAGCUACCUCGGCGGCCUGGCUCAUAACUGACACGAUUAAGGUCAAGACGCGUUUGAUAGCAUGGAGUUUUAGAGCAAGUGUACCAUGGAAAACUCAGGCAGACCUCAUAGAUUCAAACAAAGUGGAUGGGAGAAAGGCACUGCACCAGACACAAUAGAGAAAUGGAGGAGCCAAGAUUUGGAUCAAGGCGAGAACUUCAGACUUGAGGGAGGCCAACAAGGCAGUAAGAAUCAACGAGGACCCUAUCGGGCUAGCCCUAAGCAAAGACGAGUGGGUCCUCUGAGUAACUCCCGUGGGACAUUCAGAGGUGGUUAUGGUUUUUCACCAAAUAAUGAAGCCUGGUGGUUCUCCAGUUUUGAGAAUAGUAGACAAGGUCUGGAUGAAAACUGCAAAGUGCACUUGCAGUCACCACAUUUUAAGAAGAGCACCCUAGAAGGUCUGAAGGAGGACGGCGAACAGUGGAGGAGGGAGGCCACUGAUGACUCUGCACACAGUUUGGUAUCCAAAGCUAAAAGACGGAGACACAGAAACAAACGGAAGAUAUUUGUAGAAGACAACAAUGUUCCUGCAGCUGAAGAGCCGACACUCUCAGCCAAAGAGCUGCGCAGCCUACAGCAGGUGGAGAGGAGACUUAAUAAAGAUGAGGUCUACUUCCUGAAAAAGAGAAACAACACUGGUGCACUUUACACCUGCGCGCUCUGUGAUGUUACACUGGAGUCGCUGUCUGAGGCUUACAGACACAUCAGAGACAAGCGACACAAGAAGAGGGCCAGGGAGAAGCAGGAGCAGGUGAUGCUGAGUGAGAUCCUGCCUCCUGACCAGGAACAAAUCAGUGCCAUUAGCGCUGCACUUGAAAAGGUUGUGGGGGAGCAUGGCAUGAGUGACCAGGAUGUAGAGAAGAGACGAUGUAUUGUCUCCACCAUGCAAGACCUCCUUGUCUCUGUCCUCCCUGAGAUAAGGCUCAGGCUUUAUGGAUCAUCUUGCACCAAGUUUGGAUUUAAAGACUCUGACGUCAAUAUUGACAUUCAGUAUCCCCCUUAUAUGCAUCAGCCAGAUGUGUUGUUGGCAGUCAAAAAGAGCCUUUCCAUGAGCCCUCUCUUUGUUGACCUGGAAGCUGAUUUUUAUGCUAGGGUGCCAGUGGUCAUCUGUAAAGAGAAAAAGAGUGGUCUGACCUGCAGAGUGAGUGCAGGUAAUGAUCACGCCUUCCACACCACCUCCUACCUGUCUUCCUUCACCAGUCAGGAGAAGCUCCUCCUUCCUCUCGUUGUGGGCUUCAGACGUUGGGCACAGAUCUGCCAGAUUGACCGAGCAGAGGAAGGCGGGCUUCCAACUUAUGUCUUUGCCCUCAUGGUUAUAUACUUCUUACAGCAGCGCAAACAACCGCUCUUACCCACCUACUUAAACAAUGAGAUUAAGAUGUUCUCACUCAGCAAGCUGUCAAGCUUCUCUCUUACAUAUGUAGAGGACGGACAUGUGCACUGGUGUUACACCCCAUCCUCAAAAGAAACGCAACCAGUUGAGGGAUCCUGUCUGAAGGGAAAGACUCCGCUGGUGUUUCACACUCCUCAUUUGCCUGUGGAAGUUGGGCUUCUUUGGGUUGAAAUGCUUCGCUUCUAUUCACUGGAAUUCAACAUAGCCGACAACGUCAUCAGUGUACGCACCAGAGCCGUCAUCUCCAGAGAGACUAAAGACUGGCCAAAAAAACGCAUAGCUGUGGAGGACCCAUUUGCUGUGAAGAGGAAUGUGGCCCGCACCGUCAGUAGCCAGCAAAUGUAUGAAUACAUCGUCCACUGCCUCAAAACCACAUUUAAGUACUUUGCACUGCCACUCAACUCAGCAGCUGCUAAUCACAGGACGGGUGCACAGCGCGGGUCGCUUCAGGUGGCAAAAUCUAAGACUCUGAAGCAGGAUACUUUCUACCUGCCAGAUUUCAGGCAGCUAAGCCUUCAGUCACAAUCUGCAAGUCUGUCUAAAAAUGAAGACAAUGGUCCAGAAGAUUCCGAUUGCAUCAUUGAAGAAGAAGAGGAAGUUGAAAUAGACAGCGAUUCUGAAGAGAGAGAAAAGGAAAAGGAGGACUUGGGCAAAAGCAGUCUGUCUGAGGAUGAGGAGGAUGAUGUAGAGGAGGAUGUGGACACAGGUACCAGACACCACUUGGAUAGUUUUACUACGGAGGAUGAGGAGAUUUUUUUUGCUGAUGAUAUCUCAGGGGAGGAGCUUGCGUCAGAUGAGGAGGGACCAGAGUUGGACACACCUGGUUCCAUGGAUGAGGAAGACAAUGAAGAGGAGCUGUCACCUGCCAGCCAAACACAUCCGCCUUCAGAAGAUGCAGUCAAAGACGAGAACCCAGAAAUUAAGAACAAGCAAAACAGCCUGACCUAUGAAUUCACCAGACAGGCAUUCACCAGAGGAAAGUCACACAUGGUUGUGUGCAGCUUGUGCAAGCAUGAUGGGCAUCUGAAGAAAGACUGUCCAGAAGAUUUCAAGAAAGUGCAGCUGGAUCCUUUACCCCCAAUGACACCAGAGUUUCUCUGUGUCCUGAACCAAGUCUGUGAGCAGUGCUACUUGGACUUUGCCCCAGAUGAAAUAGAAGUUAGUGUGAGAGAGCACAUCCUGAAAAACCUGGAGGCUUUUGUCAGACGGCAGUUUGCUGGUGCCAGGCUUCAACUUUUUGGAUCCUCCAAAAAUGGGUUUGGCUUCAGACAGAGUGACCUUGACAUCUGUAUGGUGCUGGAGGGUCAGGACAGCAUAGAUGAUGUUGAUUGCAUCAGCAUUAUUGAGAGCCUGGCAAGACAGCUCAGAAAACAUCCAGCUCUGAAGAACAUCCUGCCCAUCACAACAGCAAAAGUACCCAUAGUCAAGUUCUGCCAUGUUCACACCGGCUUGGAAGGGGACAUCAGCCUCUACAACACACUGGCCCUACACAACACACACCUGCUCGCAUCGUAUGCUGCCAUUGACCGGAGGGUGAAGAUCCUGUGUUAUGUCAUGAAGACCUUUGCCAAGAUGUGUGACAUUGGAGAUGCUUCACGCGGCAGCCUCUCCUCUUAUGCAUACACCCUCAUGGUGCUGUUCUUCCUGCAGCAGAGAAAUCCUCCAGUUAUCCCUGUGCUGCAAGAGAUUUACAAUGGAAAGAAGAAGCCCGAGCUGCUGGUGGAUGGCUGGAAUGUGUACUUCUGUAACGAUUUGGAAACCUUACCCAGUCGCUGGCCUCAGUUUGGGAAGAAUACUGAGACAGUUGGGGAGUUGUGGCUUGGUCUGCUCCGCUUCUACACAGAGGACUUUGACUUCAGAGAACAUGUUGUCUGUGUCCGUCAGAAAGCCCUUCUCACCACCUUCAACAAGCAGUGGACAUCAAAAUACAUUGUAAUUGAAGAUCCAUUUGACCUGAAUCAUAAUCUGGGUGCUGGACUGUCCAGGAAAAUGACAAACUUUAUCAUGAAGGCUUUCAUCAAUGGCAGAAGAGUGUUUGGAACUCCAGCCAAAGUCUGUCCUCCUCAGUACCCCAGUCACAUGGAGUACUUCUUUGACCCUGAAGUUCUGACUGAGGGACAGGUAGCUCCCAACGACCGCUGCUGCCGCAUUUGCGGCAAGAUCGGCCACUUUAUGAAAGACUGCCCAAUACGCAGGAAGUCCACAAACAGGCGAGAGAUGGAGAAAAGACCCGAUAAUCUUCGAGAAAAAAUGGAGUCAGCAGGGGGCACUGAAGAGCAGGUCAGACAGAAGAGUGAGCACUGGAGGAAGACCAUCCAGACACGGUGCUGCUACCUGUGUGGAUCGAGUACCCACAUCAAAAAGGACUGUCAGCAGUACAGGAGUCCUGCAGGCCACGUGAGGAAUUUUAGAGAGAAGGAGAAACAGGGUGCACCUGUACAAGAUGGGAAGAUGAGGAAACAACAAAAAGUGAUCAUGAACACACAGGCAGGUAGUUUAGCCUGCUGAGUUUUGGGUAAUGCCGACCACAGAAGGAGCCCAGUGGAGCGACCUCCACUACUUAGGAGGCGGUGGCGAUGGCUUUGUAAACCACACACGGUUCACCUGUGUCGGACGCACAGCAGCUCAUGUCCAUAAAGCUCAAUAGAACUGUAUGGCCAGUAGGAGCCCCUAAAAAGCCAAAGCAGAGCCGCUUGACUUGAAGCCAAAUAGGGCCUUUUUAUGAGUUCCCUCAUGCCCCCCCCUCCCCCCCCCUCCCCCUCAGAGGAGUUUUUAAAACCUUUCAUUUUUAAGACAAACCUUUAUGCAUGUUUCUAACUUCUUAGUUCACAUACACUGCCAGGCAAGUUUUAAACUCAUAUGACCAACAGUGUUGUAAAUUAAAUUGAAAAAGGAUUUGGAAGAAAUGGAUAUAAAUUGAUUGAGAAGUGCCUUUCAGUUUUGUUUAAUAAUACAUAACCUAUAACUGUAAAUAGCCUGGAUCUUGAUCAGCGUACACAUACAGUAAAUUGGAGGUGCUUUUUGUCUUAUAAUAAUUUGUUUUGUGUCCUUGUAGUCUCAGAGGACCUAUUUCUGUUCAAAAAUACACAGAUAGUGCUAUAAUUAUAGACAAGUUGAUUAAAUAAUCUGAAUGUUGUUUCAAAUAUAUUGAGUUAUGUGAUGUCUAUUAGUCAUUGAGAUCUAGGCCAUUUCAAAUAGGAAUAAGAACAUUUCUUGAUCUACAUAUAAUUUAUUUUCAAUUACAGAUUUAUACACAGUGAAUUUGCAGUUUUUUAAUUGACAGUUAAAUAAUACAGUUACUAUACAGGCUGUCCUGAAACCUUUGAAAGUCAGAGUACCUUCUGAAAUUAAGAGGACCUUUUAAUUGAAUUUUAUUUUUUUAAGCGCUCUACACUAACGCCCUCCAGUCAUUUUUCUUCCUGCCUUAAAGCACUGUCUCUGUUUAUGUUUGCAUCUUUGCUCAAAUGUUUAUCUUGAUAUUUUCCAGAUCAUAGUUUAAUUUAGUUUUUGUUUUGUUUUUUGUUUGUUUUUUCCUGUUUUGUUUUUUGAUUCACUGUUAUUUUAUAAAUAAAUUAAUGUUAGUGUAAAUUUUGGGGCAUUGACACUGUUUGCUGACGCUGAUGUGUGCGCACAGUAUCUUCAUGCAUGCCAGGAAGUGUCAUUAGUAACUUGAAAAAAGAGCAUGUAUGUGACAUAAAUGGGCAGAAGAUUCCGUACUUGGAAUGGCUAUAGUUUUAGUUUAUUUAUUUGCUAAGAAGACUAUAUUUUGUUGUAUGAAUGCCACAGUUUGGUAGCUGCACUGCGAGGCUCCAUGCCUUUGAAUUAUGUUGAAUCUAGUUAUGUCAGAAGGAACUACUUAUUGUUCAGAUUUAAAAAAUUAGUUUUGUGAUUUGUUGUCUUUGGCUGAAUGUGUCUUUUUUUAAGUGAUGUUGAUAGUACUGUAUAUAAUUUUUCAUUUUAGAAAAAUAGCUUUGUUCAAUGUCAGCAUCUCUUUGUGUUCAUCCCAAAUUGCAGUUUAUUUUAAUUUUUUUCAAGGAACCCUGAUCCUUAUAGAAUUGGCUUGUAAAUCAUUGUGAAUCCAUUAAAAAUGAGUCCUGCUGUGCAAAAGUUUUAUUUGAAAAUGUAAUAGAAAAGCUUGUACUACAUGUGUGUUUUUAAAAUAUAUUUGUGGACAAUGAAAAACU